AUGCGUUUAUUCUUAAAUCAAACUGAUCAAAUGCCAACAGCUUCGAAAGUAUUUUCUGAUCAUGAAAGUGAUGAAUUUGAUGAUGAUGAUAAUGAAAUGAUGGUAGAUUAUUCUAAUAAUCAUCAUCGUCAAACAACAACAACGCAAAAAAAAUAUAACAAUCGAUCAACAACAUCAUCAUCAAAACGAAAUGGUCGAAAAUCAAUUUCAAUUAAAAGACGAUCAAAUAUUAAACGAUCAAGUAAAUCAAUUCAUACAUAUGAUGAAUUUGAUGCAUAUGAUAUUGAUGAUGUUAAUCAUAUGGAUCCGAAUCAAAAUUCUGGUCAACGUCAUGCAGCUAAUUUACGUGAAAGAAAACGUAUGCAAUCAAUAAAUGAUGCUUUUGAAGGUUUACGUACACAUAUACCUGUACAUCCAUAUGAAAAACGUUUAUCAAAAGUUGAUACACUUCGUUUAGCUAUUGAUUACAUAGCUUUUCUUAAUCGUUUAUUAAGUAGUACAUCACAAACAGAUUCAAUACAUCCAUUACCUCAACCGUCCCAUCGUUUUCGUUCACAUCCAUCUCAUCCUCAUGGAAAUAAUUGUCCUGUAUUAACAAGAAAAAAAAUUGUUCUUGAUUGUACACCAAUAGCUAAUGACGAUAAUGAUCAAGGACAAAGUAUUAUGGGUCAUUCUCUUUCAUGGUAUGAUGCAUCAUUACAUCAUUUGGUUCAUCAUUCAUCUGUUGUUGCACCUGGUUGUAAUAUCUAUCAUUCGGACAUUGUUGUUAUUACUGCUGAUGUAUGGAUACCUGAAAUGCUAUCAUCACCAAAUUCAACUCCAGCAUGUUCAACUAUUCCAAUUAAUAUUUCAACAAUAAAUAACCAUUUAUCGGCUCCUAUUUGUCAUAGUGAUAAUAGUAAUAAUGAUGAUAAUGAUGAAGAAAAUGUAAAUUCAACUGAUUUUAAUUCGAAUCAUUUACAAGAAAUUCCAUCACAAUGGAAUAUGUCAAUCAAUGGAAAUGAUUUUUUGCCUGUUUAUAAUCAUCAUCAACAACAACAACAGCAGCAGACAACAAUUUAUGAAGAUGAUCAUGUUUGGUAUGAACGAUUGAGAUCGAUGGCAACAUCAAUUGGUAGUGAAAAACAAUCAUCUUCCGAUUCAUCAUCGAAUGACAUUCAACAACAUCAUCAAUUAUUCGAUGUUUAUUCUCAACAUCUUCCACCACCAAUGAUGACCACAGUUAGUAUUGAUCCACAUAUGAACUAUUAUUCAACAAAUCAUGCUUUUGAUCAUUAUCAUCAUCAUCAUCAUAUACCUGAAUAUCAGACAAUGUUUUCAUUUUGA